UGUCAGUGCCUGCGGAAUCGCCGUUUGACCCCGGAAGUGCCAGCUCUCUGGGAGCUGUCACCGUGGACCGCAGCGGCGGGGGCGGCGGCGGCACGGUGCUAGUGGAGCCGCUGAGGAGGGACACGAAGCACAAUGCCAGCUCUGCCCCUGGACCAACUCCAGAUCACCCACAAGGACCUGAAGACAGGAAAGCUGAGGACUUCACCAGCCCUGCACCCCGAGCAGAAGGCAGACCGGUAUUUUGUGUUAUACAAACCGCCCCCUAAAGACAACAUUCCCGCCCUAGUGGAGGAGUACCUGGAGCGCGCCACCUUCGUAGCCAAUGACCUCGACUGGCUCCUGGCCUUGCCUCACGAUAAAUUCUGGUGCCAGGUUAUCUUCGAUGAGACCCUGCAGAAGUGCCUGGACUCCUACCUGCACUAUGUCCCCCGAAAGUUCGACGAGUGGGUGGCCCCAGCCCCCGAGGUUGUUGACAUGCAGAAGCGCCUCCAUCGAAGCGUUUUUCUCACCUUCCUCCGCAUGUCCACUCACAAGGAAUCCAAAGAUCACUUCAUUUCUCCCUCUGCAUUUGGAGAAAUCCUCUACAAUAACUUCCUGUUUGACAUCCCAAAGAUCCUGGACCUUUGCGUGCUCUUUGGAAAAGGCAACUCAUCACUGCUCAAGAAGAUGAUAGGAAACAUCUUUAUCCAGCAACCAAGUUACUAUAAUGACCUGGAUGAAACCAUGCCCACCAUCCUUCAGGUCUUCAGCAAUAUCCUCCAGCACAGUGGUUUGCAAAGGGACGGGACCAGCUCCAUACCCCAGAAGCUUGAAGAGAGGGGCCGGUUGACCCCUAGUGACAUGCCUCUCCUGGAAUUAAAGGACAUUGUUCUCUACCUUUGUGAUACCUGCACUACACUAUGGGCCUUUCUGGAAAUCUUCCCUCUGGCUUGCCAAACCUUCCAGAAACACGACUUCUGUUACAGACUUGCUUCCUUUUAUGAAAUAGCAAUUCCUGAGCUGGAGUCUGCAAUUAAGAAGAGGAGGCUUGAAGACAGCAAGCUGCUUGGUGAUCUGUGGCAGAGGCUGUCCCAUUCCAGGAAGAAGCUACUGGAGAUUUUUCAUAUUCUCCUGAACCAGAUCUGCCUUCUCCCUGUCCCAGAAAAUAGCUGUGACAACAUUCAGGGCUUCGUUGAAGAGUUCCUUCAGAUCUUCAGCUCUUUGCUGCAGGAAAAGAGGUUCCUCCGGGACUAUGAUGCACUCUUCCCUGUGGCCAAUGAUGUCAGCUUGCUGCAGCAGGCCUCGUCAGUCUUAGAUGAGACACGGACUGCCUAUAUCCUCCAGGCGAUUGAGAGUGCGUGGGAAGGGGUGGACCGACGGAAACCCACAGAGGCUAAAGAGCCACCAGUGGCCAAGGAUCUUAAUGGAGUCGUGGUGACAGUGGAGCCAGUCAGUGGACCGUCAUCACAUCUGGAGGAAGAGGAGCUCUCUCCACAGUGCUUGGGGGCAGCUGCUGCCCUGGGUCCCACAGUGUGUGGUGUGGAGCUAGACUCACUCAUCUCCCAAGUGAAGGACCUUCUCCCGGACCUUGGUGAGGGCUUCAUCUUGGCCUGCCUGGAGCACUAUGGCUAUGACCCAGAGCAGGUGAUCAACAACAUCCUGGAGGAGCGGCUGGCCCCUGCCCUUAGCCAGUUGGACCGCAGCCUUGACAGACAGGUGAAGCCAGACCCGACACCUCUGCUGACAUCUCGUCACAACGUCUUCCAGAAUGAUGAGUUUGAUGUGUUCAGCAGGGACUCAGUGGACCUGAGUCGGGUACACAAGGGCAGGAGGAAGGAAGAGAACACUAGGAGCUUGGUGAACGACAAACGGGAGGUGGUGGCACAACGGCAGCGCUACGAGCAGUACAGUGUGGUGGUGGAGGAGGUGCCACUGCAGCCAGGUGAGAGCCUGUCCUACCGAGGUGAUGACUAUGAGGAUGAGUAUGAUGAUACAUAUGAUGGCAACCAGGUGGGCGCCAAUGAUGCCGACUCUGAUGAUGAACUCAUCAGCCGCAGGCCCUUCACCAUCCCUCAAGUGCUGAGAACCAAAGUGCCCAGAGAAGGGCAAGAGGAGGAUGAUGAUGAUGAAGAGGAAGCUGAAGAUGAGGCCCCCAAGCCUGACCAUUUUGUGCAGGACCCUGCAGUGCUUCGGGAGAAAGCAGAAGCCAGGCGCAUGGCCUUUCUCGCCAGGAAGGGGUACCGGCAUGACAACACAGCAGUGGCCAGCAGUUCCCGGGGCCACGGGCAGAGCCGUGAGACAACCCAGGAACGCAGGAAGAAGGAAGCUAACAAGUCUACACGAGCCAAUCACAACCGGAGAACCAUGGCUGACCGCAAAAGAAAUAAAGGCAUGAUUCCAUCCUGAAGCCACCAAACCAGGGCCAGCUAGGAGGCGGCAGUGCCAAACCCACCAUGCUGUGUUUCUAUAGCCUGGGGCCUUCUCACCAGGCCCCCAAGUUCAACUCGACCCCUCAGCAUCCUCAGCUUUGCAGCCCCUGAGAAGACCACCUCAAUGUCCAUCUGCCAGCCCUGAGCACCUUCUUGCAGAACACACAGUGCCUUAUCCCACAGCACAGGAGCCCAUGGGACCAGCAAGCAGGUGAAAAAGAUGGGGACAGAGCCCCAAGGCAAGCCCCAAACCUCGUGCAGCAAGACACCACUUCCUUUUUCCCUGGAUGGCAGGAAACCUGUAUUUCAAAAACAAAAACAAAAAAAGGCCUGCGAAUAAAGUGUUUGACCCUUUUAAGCAAUCAUCCAUGAUAUGCCCAUGACCGGUUCUCCCUGUGUCCCAUUCUUCAGUGACAGCCCUGUCUGGAGAGGAAGAGGGCAGGAUGUCACCGUGUUCUUUUCAUCAGCCUUUCAUUCUUGCUUCUCAUUGCAACCCCUCCUGAUGUCGCUCUGCCUUGCUGUGUGUCCCUGAGAACAUCACUCUCUUUUCUGAAUCUCCAAUCCCUGCUUGUGGAAGAAAGGACUCAGAGUGUGAGGACCUGCAGUCCUGUCUGUUAUCUCAUUUAGUCCCCACCAUCUCCACCCGAGGAGGUAGGCACGGCUGUCAGCCCCAGUACAGAUGACGAGGGUGCGGCACUGAGAGUUGAAGGUGCCUGCCUAGGCCAUAACUAGGAAGUGGGAGAACAGGGAUGGACACUUAGUCCGACCCUUGGCCUUUACAGAGUCCUAGACCCCCGUGGGUGGUAUCAUCUCCAUUUCAGCUGGCCUGAGAACACCUGGCCAGCAGCAGAGCCAGUACCAGAACUCAGUGCCUCCUGGUUGCAGGUAUACUCUUAAAUCCUCCAAAAUUGAGGGGUCAGAGAUCAGAAGAAACAAGUGUGGAUGUUAUUGCCAAACCCUGUUGGAGUAAGUGGGACUUGGGCCUAGUUCCUCAGAGUUCCCUUCUAGGCAUGGCCAACUGGCUCCUAGUGUGGCAGCAGCUGCCAGGCAUCCCAAUUCCUGGGCCCCCAAAAUGUUGCUGAACAAUGGCAGAUCAACAGUGGGGCAUUUGCUGGGCUGAUCCUAGCUCAGCCUGGCUAUAGUCCAUCAGCUGAAGCCAGGGCCCCUGCCCAGCUGGACCUUGACAAAUCUCUCUAGUUGCUACUACAAUUUAUUUGCAUGUGGUUAGGAUGAGCAUCUGAAGCACCGAGGCAGACAGGCCGUUGACAAAUUGGUUUUGUUGUGUCAGCCCACACAAGUGAAAAUCAAUAGCAAUUCUAUGUCACGCCAGUUCUCUUGCUGCAUUGGAGAUGCAGAGCAGAUAUGGGGUAGUGUCCUCUCCUCAUGCUGCCAAAUUAGUUGAGAUCAGGUCCAGGGUCAGCCAUCCUGACAGGCAGCAGGAAGACUCUGUUUCUUCCUGUAGGCAUUUGGCCAGGGCAGGGGCAGAGCCAUUCUUUUACCUGUCAGUGAGCUUCUCAGACCAGCUCUUGUCCCUGGAGCAAAGGGAGGCAGGUCAGGGGAGCUCCUGGUCUUUACAUAUGGUAUCUGUUACUGUUGAUAUGGCCCCUGUCACCUUCACUUUGUCAUCUGCACUCCUGACCACCCAGAGCGGUGUUCAGGCCUCUCAUUAGCUUCCUGGUUUAAAGGACUUGAGAAGACAAGUGAUUUUUCAAAUUUUCCAGAUUGUAGUGCCAGGUCAAAUUUAGUCUCUUUUUAGGAUCUAUAUACUUUCUCAUUUCAGAUCUUGAGGGCACCCUUUCAGGGAUGCUUUGAAAACAGCUCAGGGUCAUCCAGAAUGGUGCUGAUAGGCACACCCCUUCACCUCGUAGGGUCUCAGUUUUCUCAUCUGCAAAGUGAGUACGCUGGACCAGAUGCAUGGUUUACACUUGAUGCCCAUUAAAUCCUCUGAGGAAGCCCCAAGGUUUAAGACAGGCAAUGGCAGAAGUGUUAUAAGUGAAGUGGGAUGGGUGCCCUGAACUCGGCCCACUGGUUCACUGGGGCCCACCACUCCUCAUACCAUUCCGAAGCAGGAAUUUUCUAAGUGCCUUCUCUGUUCCCUGGCAGAGAAAAUUACUAUCACAGGCAUUUCCCAGGAAGCUUUUAAGACCUUGUGCCUCAGAGAACUUAAAGACUUGUCUUUGUUUCUAGUCCAUGAGUGGCAAUGAUGGUGAACAUGUUUGUUUGAACAGUGCUUCUGUGCCUCUCUGAGUGGGUGGACAGAGCCUGUCAUUGUUUAUAAAAGGGAGCCAGGAGCACAGGGAAUAACUUGCCCAAAGCUCAUGGCUAGUUAGCGGCAAAGCCUGCACAUAGAUCCUUUCUGAGUCGCCCCCUUAGACAGCUGAGUGCAGUCUGGAAGAGUAUGAUUAUCAAGAACUUGCCUGUCCCUGUUACACCAGGACCUUGGGGUAAAUAAUACAGGGAGGGAAACAAAAAUAAAAUAAACCCACCAAAAAUUCAAGGGUGUGUUGUGGAAUCCCCCCUUUAAAUGAUGUCAGUGAAGACUUGCUAGCCACGUGGGAAACUAUAUAUUCAAGAAUAAUGUUUUUUAAAAUUUGAAACCAGAAUACAUGAUGGUGUUGCACCAUGACUGUGAAAAUGUUAAAAAAAAAAAAAAAAAAAAAAGUUUU